UCUAAGGCUGCCCCCGGGCCAGGAGAGCGCCGCCGCUGCCUCAGCACCCGCGACCCCAGCGGCCGCGGCUGGAACCUAGUUGAUUCAACCCGAGCACGAGCCCUUGGCUGAAAAGGAUAGCCGCAGCGCUCUAACAAGAACCAUGGCCACGGCCGCCCAACAAAACCCCCUCGAGACGCCUAGAACGAGGGCAAGACGCCUGAACCCGCCGACCAUACGGGCCGGCUCCGCGCGCGGCCACGGGAGAAGACCUGACGCCUACUCCGGCCAGCCGGACAGCGCCCGCUCGACCCGCAGCCAGGGGCCUAGGCGCGAGCCGCCCUCGGCCAUGGCGAGGGCCGGGCGGAAUUCGUUUGAUACGACACCGAGGCAAGGCGGCCUACCGUCAGGCCUCGUCAAGCCCCCGCCGAUCGACACGGAGCCGCCGACGCCUAGACGCGGAAGCCGUGCGCGUUCCAAAGAUGAAGAUGACGACAACCGGAGCGAUGCCGGUUCCGUCGCGAGCAUGGCGUCUGUCAGAAGUACACGAAGUAUGAGUGGUAGACCGCGGCAGUACCGGUGCAUUCGGAGUGGUUGCGUCAAUCCCGCGGGACGGGACGGCUUCUGCCGGAACUGCGCGCCCAAUAGUCAGUACUGGGGCGAGCGCAGCGACUCCGAGUCGAACUUCAGUGUGGCGUCGACCGCGACGACGGCGGUCGAAGCGCGGCGGCCCAAUUCCGGUCGGGUGGGCUACAACCCCACAAGGCCUCGAGUGUCGUCGAACGCGUCGUCGGGCGGCAACAAUAGUGAUGAUGCAUCUUCUGUAGCGUCUUAUGCUUCAGUAGGACCGCGACCCGGCAGCUCCCAGAACCAGAGGCAGAGGGACCCCUGGGCCCGUAUUAAGCGAGAGACGAACAAGGGGCCCGACCGACGGCCGUCUGAUGAAGUGAGUGAGUAUUCCGAGUACGGGGGUGGGAGAGGCUCCUUACACUCCGCGAGGUCCGAAUACAGCGAGUACGGCCCACGGUCAGCGAGAGGCGACGCUCCUAGAUCCGCAAGAAGACGUUAUGAGCCGCAAGCACCGCCCCGAACGCCGCGAGAAACGGCUCUGGAGGAUGAAAAUGAAUAUCUCAGAGAGCAGCUCGCGGCGGCGGAGGCGCGCGGCGUGAAGUUGCGGGAGGAGUCCUAUUCUCCUCGCAGACGGCGUUCUCGGCGCGACGACCGCGAUCGGAGACGUUCUAGACGCGAUCGAGACUAUGACGACGAUCGUCGUCGAAGGCGUUCCCGGCGCGACUAUGACGACCGGGACGAUCGUCGUCGACGUCGGAGUCGGUCCCGAGAUUACCGGGACGACUAUUCGAGGCAAGGUACGGCCGGCACUCACAGAGAUUCAAGGGAAUAUAGGAGACGUCGACCGCCCCCCUCGUAUGACGACGAGGACGGGCCCACGGCGGCCGAACUAGCUUAUGAACAAUCUUUAGAAGACUACAAGCGCCAGACGGGCAAAACGCCGAAGAACGCGGACACGUCGCGCCAUCGGAGCGAACGAACGCCGAACCGACGGCCGAGACCCCAAGAUCGGAGCGGCGGUCGUAGGCCGCCUCCGAGAGAGAGAUCGAGAUCAAAGAGCCGCCAGGACAUCCUCGAUGCCGAAGCGCGGUCGGCGAAGGACUGGGAAAGGGCGAAAACACCAGACUCCCCAAAAACAGCAGCUUCGGCCUUCUUUCAACAAGAUAGACCUGGCUCUUCCAUGUCCCAGGCCGGUUCUCCGCCGAAGCGACGGGCGCCGCCGCCGGCUCGCAAGUUCGUCGCGCCCCCGAACACGGAUUCGACCUUGUGGGCCCACGGAAGCGACUCGCCGCAGCGCACGGAGCCGCAGAUCGCGACGCUCGUGGAUACGGGCGACGACGACUCGGAAGAUGACGACGACCAGCCGGGCGCGCCGCCGAUCCAUGUUAUUUGCAGGACCCCGACCGGAAUGACGAUUCCCGUGAAUGCUCGACCGGGCUGGCGCUGCGAGGCUAUCGUGCGACGUGUCGGCAAAGCGGUCGGGCUGGAGUCUGAUGUCAUUAGACUGGUAGCUGGCGAGCGACCGCUGGAUGCGAUGCGGCGCGUGCGAGAUGCGCAGCUCGCACCGGGCGAUCGAUUGAGGGUAGCAUUAGUAGGUGGCCCGCACACGCCCUGCGGGCCGUGCUUGCACCAGUGGGUCCGGGCGAUCCAGGUGAAUGGGGCCGAUGUGAGGAUUGGGGGCCGCGACGGCCGCUGGCUCACGAACGACGCCUUCGAUCACAUCACGACGGCCGUGGUCGGCCCGGAUCGGCGCGCGAGGAUUGUCGUCACAUUACAUAGCACGGAGACGGCACACAACUUGCAGUUACCGUGGGGUAGGGUGGAGCCGAGAAGAGGCGGCUCCGCGACGGACGUCGUUCCCAAGAAGCUCGGCAAGUGUCUGGCGUUAGCGAGGGCGCGGAAUCGCCGGAGAGAUAGAGAUGGAGGCGGGCCGCACCAUGUGGACUUAUUAGAUGCGAGACCGGACGACGCGACGAUCGGGCAUCGCGGCGGCCCGACGCAGGGCGAGCUCGACCACCGCCAGCGCCAGGGCUUCGGGUUUCGCUACGACUACUUCGGGGCGAGGCAGAUCACGCUGCAGUUCGCCAACGUGCAACCGGACGUGGAAUACUUGUUCGGCCUCUCGAAGCUCGGGGACCGGCGCGGCGUCCUGGCCCACGACGACUACAAGCACACGGACUGGGGCGACGGGUUUCGCGACCCGUGCUGCUGGCGCGUCGUCUUUACGAGGGCUAGAGGCUUCGACGUGCCGGGCUACAACGGCGACGUCUACGACCCGCCGCCCGCCCAGCCGUUCGCGCCGUCCGGUUUAUUACCGCCGAAGCAGGCCACGGGGACACAACAAGCAUGCUGUAGCGUGUCGUAAUUCCUUUCCAAGUU